AUGUCGAACAAACUCACCCUAUGGAGCUUUUUAGCUCUCACUCUUGGCUGCAUUGCUUUAGCCUAUGAACCUAGUCCCCUUCAAGAUUUUUGUGUAGCCGAUAUCAACAGCGCAGCGAAAGUAAAUGGUGUUGCAUGCAAGAACCCGAUGCAAGUUCAAGCAGAGGAUUUCUUCUUUAGCGGGCUACACCUCAGGGGUAACACGUCAAAUGCUGUGGGAUCAAGGGUGACUCCAGUCUUUGCAACUCAAUUACCUGGGCUAAACACUUUGGGCAUCUCAAUGGUUCGGAUUGACUAUGCACCAUGGGGAAUUAAUCCUCCUCACACUCACCCACGAGCCACUGAGAUCCUAACCGUUGUUGAAGGGAGCCUAGAAGUUGGAUUUGUGACAUCUAACCCUGACAAUCGUUUCAUCACGAAGGUGCUAAAAAAGGGUGAUGUUUUUGUGUUCCCAGUGGGACUUGUUCAUUUCCAACGCAGUGUGGGUAACGGAUAUGCAGUGGCAAUUGCUGCAUUGAGCAGUCAAAAUCCAGGUGCCAUAACAAUUGCCAAUGCUGUUUUUGGGUCAAACUCUCCUAUUCCAGCAGAUAUUCUAUCCAAGGCAUUCCAGGUGGAUAAAACCGUGGUUGAUCAACUACAAACAAAGUUCUAG